CCUUUUCCUAAGAAGUGUGGUACUGAACGGCAGUCACAAAAUGACUUCUGAAUUCUUGGAGACUGCUCAGGCAGUGGCUGAAAUGCCAGAAAUCAAGCUCUUCGGUAAAUGGAGCACGGAUGACGUUCAGAUCAAUGACAUCUCCCUGCAAGAUUACAUUGCCGUGAAGGAGAAGUACGCCAAGUACCUGCCACACUCUGGGGGCCGUUAUGCCGCCAAGCGUUUCCGUAAGGCCCAGUGCCCCAUUGUGGAGCGUCUGACCAACUCCAUGAUGAUGCACGGCCGCAACACCGGCAAGAAGCUGAUGGCCUGUCGCAUCAUCAAGCACUCGUUUGAGAUCAUUCACUUGCUGACUGGGGAGAACCCCCUGCAGGUGCUGGUUAAUGCCAUCAUCAACAGCGGGCCGCGUGAGGACUCGACCCGUAUUGGUCGUGCUGGUACCGUUAGGAGACAGGCUGUUGACGUGUCCCCCCUGCGUCGGGUCAACCAGGCCAUCUGGCUGCUCUGCACUGGAGCAAGAGAAGCUGCCUUCCGGAACAUCAAGACCAUCGCUGAGUGCCUCGCCGAUGAGCUAAUCAACGCAGCCAAGGGUUCAUCUAACUCUUAUGCCAUCAAGAAGAAGGAUGAGUUGGAGAGAGUCGCCAAGUCCAACCGUUAAAUGUUUUCUGGCUUUGUAAACCGGAGAACAUGAUCUAUCUGCUUCUGGAAGGCCUGGCGACGAGGAAUAAAUACCAUUCUUAUAUUCACACAUCAGGAGCGGGUCCUCGGCAGCUGGUGGACAUUCUGUUGCGUUUGUAGCCAUCUUGCAUUCCUUGUUCUACUAUACACUUGAUCAUGUGACUUUCAUUGUGUAUUGUAGCGGGAUGGAAAUGAGAAAAAAAUAAAAUAAAACAUCCUGCCUAUC